AGCAGCAGAUCCGACAGGCCAGAAACAGUGGCGGGAUUGCUCAGCAGGAUUAUCUGGCCCUGAUUUCUGAGGUGACAGCGAAAACCCGCGUUCUGACACAGGAAGAGGAAACGGCCACCCGCCAGAAAACCGCAUUUAUUCGUCAGCUGAAAGAACAGACAAGUCGCCAGAAAAUGACCACGACGGAACUGCUUCGGGCAAAGGCGGCACAACUUGGGUGCAGCAGUGCCGCGGAGGUGUACAUCCGUAAAAUGGAGAAAGCCGGAAACACCACACAUUCGCUGGGACUGAAAAGUGCGGCAGCCCGUCGGGAGCUGGGGGUCAUGAUUGGUGAGCUGGCGCGAGGUAAUUUCGGUGCGCUUCGUGGCUCCGGGAUCACCCUGGCUAACCGUGCCGGCUGGAUUGAUAAAUUAAUGACGCCGAAAGGCCUGGCGGUGGGGGGAGUUAUCGGAGGGAUCACUGCUGCGGUUAUUGGUCUGGGUAAAGCCUGGAUGGAGGGGCAGGAAGAAGGCGAAGCCUUUAACCGGCAGCUUGAGCUCACCGGACACUAUGCCGGUGUGACAGCCGGGCAGUUGUGGGCGCUCAGUAAAAAUCUUUCCGGUAAUGGCAUCACGCAACAUGCCAUGGCGGGGUCACUGGCGCAGGUAGUGGGGAGCGGUGCAUUUCACGGUAACGAUAUUGGUAUGGUGGCGAAAGCUGCCGCACAGAUGGAACGCUCGGUAGGGCAGUCUGUCAGUGACACCAUCAGUCAGUUUAAACGGCUGAAGGAUGAUCCGGUCAGUGCUGCGAAGGCGCUGGAUGAUGAACUGCAUUUUCUGACAGCCACCCAGCUUGAACAGAUCCGUGUGCUCGGAGAGCAGGGGCGCACCAGUGACGCAGCCCGGAUAGCCAUGUCUGCACUGGCAGUGGAAACCGGUAAACGUACGUCGGAUAUUGAUAAUAACCUCAAUGCGCUGGGCAGUACGCUGCAAACCUUGUCUGACUGCCAGCAACAGGCGCAGGUGGAGGGACAGAUUGCCGCCGCCAGACAGUCAGCGGGCAUGGCUACUGAAAGGAUGACAGAAGCGCAUAAACAGCUUCUGGCCCUUCAGCAGCGUAUCAGCGAUUUAGCCGGUAAAAAACUGACAGCAGAUGAAAAAAGUGUACUGGCUCACAAGGAUGAGCUGAUUCAGGCACUGACGCUGCUGGAUGCAAAACAGCAGGAGCUGCAGAAGCAGACUGCCCUCAAUGACCUGAAGAAAAAGACCAUUCAGCUGACCAGUCAACUGGCUGAGGAAGAGCGUGCACAGCGUCAGCAACACGAUCUGGACGUUGCCAUGGCAGGAAUGGGCGAUCAGCAACGGCAGCGGUACCAGUCGCAGUUGCGUCUACGACAGCAGUACCAGCAACAGCUGGAGCAACUUGAACGGGACAGUAAGCAGAAAGGCUCGUAUGGUUCUGACGCAUACCGGAAGGCUGAACAGACGCUGACAGACAGUCUGAACCGGAAACUGAAUGAGAAUCGCCGCUACUGGCAACAGAUGGAUGCUGCGCAGGGGGAGUGGAGAAACGGUACAAAACGCGCGUUCAUGAAUUUUACUGCCGACGCGGAUAAUGCUGCCGGGACUGCAGAACAGAUGUUUAUGUCUGCUUUCAGUAGUAUGGGAAAUGGUCUGGCAACUUUUGUUACCACCGGCAAACUCAAUUUCAAAUCUUUCACCUCAUCUGUGCUGUCAGAUAUGGCAAAAAUUCUGGCGCAGGCAACCAUGAUGAAGGCUGUCAAAGGGAUUGGCAGUGUGAUGGGGUUUGAUUUCGGUGAUGUGAAAACCAAUGCAGAAGGUGGUGUUUAUCAGUCUGCUGAUUUGAGUCGCUACAGUGGCACGGUGGUUAACCGUCCGACGUUUUUUGCUUUUGCAAAAGGCGCGGGGGUGAUGGGUGAAGCGGGGCCUGAGGCUAUCCUGCCCUUGCGCAGGGG